UAAAGAUUGUUUAUUAACAUGUAUUUUUCAUUUGCCUCAGUGUAAUUCAAAUGAGAUGUAAUGUCCUGUACUUCUUUUUACUCAUAAUUUACUUGUUUGCCUUCUUUUAUGCUAGCUCUCUCUUUAACAGUAACAGGGAAAUGAAAGGAUCAGGUUCUCCUUUUUUGCAUGUUAGUUUCACAUCUUUUUUGGGGGUGUUCUUAGCUAUGGGUAGCUACAAUCACAUGAGAAGUCAGGACUGAAUCACCAAGGCUCUUGAUACCAGAAGAAUCUUCCACAGAAUCGAGAUGACUGCUGUGUUAGUGUUGCUCAUGGCGGGGCUGGUCACCAGUGCUGUACACUGCCCUGAUGGAACACAAUGUCAAGACAGAAAUACCUGCUGUUCAACUAAUAUGGGAUAUGCGUGCUGCCCAUAUCCCUCUGCUGUCUGUUGUAUGGAUAAGGCCCACUGCUGUCCACAAGACUACUACUGUGACCAGCCAACACAGAGAUGUGUGAAAGAGGGACUGCAAUGGUUCAUAUUCCCAUGGUCCCCACAAAUAUCAGCAGAUAAGCUGGACAAAAUUUCUCGCUCACAUCAGGAUUUGUGCUGUCUGAGAGAGACAGGCUGCUGUCCCUUUGGAUUUCACUGUGAUGAGGGUAGCACAGUGGCUUGUGUGAGUGACAUGGAUCAGUUCACCCCGGUGAUGUCCUUGAAACAGGCUUCAGCUAGCCAAAUGCACACUGGCAACAUACGCUGCAGCAGUUACUUCUACUGCCCAGCUGCAAACACCUGCUGCAAGACAUUAACUGGCCAAUGGGGAUGUUGUCCAUAUAUCCUGGGUCAGUGCUGUAAAGAUGGGAAACACUGCUGUGAACGUGGCUAUGAAUGUGAUGUAACAUUUUCCAGUUGCAAGAAAAAAGGCUUCUUAAGCAUUCCUGCUCAACUCAAGAGGAAGGCUUUGCUCCUGUGAAUCCAUGUGCUGAUGCAUGUCUUUGGACAACAAAAUAAUAAGCAAUAAGAAUACAGUGAGCAUUAAUUCACGAAUGAAUAAAAAAUUGCAUUUA